CCGAUUUAAAGCGAGAGGAAUGUUUGCGUGAAUAUUUUGUUGUCUGUAUUGUGCGUUUUUACAUCACCGGGAGGUGCUGCUUUCAGGUGAGGUCAGGUGUCCAUUGUCACCGUAUGGCCGUGAUGCGAUAAUGCGUUGCGUGGUGGCUCGCAUCAACCACAAGACUCUGGUUAUCAUUUUUGCCAUAUUUGCUCUCAUCACCAUACUGCUGUGGAAUAAGUGCUCCAGCGACAAAGACCUGUACACCCAAAUCAGACCUCAACUUGAGUCCGCACCCACCCCGGAAAAGGAAGAGGAGAACGGGCAAUCACCUGAAGCCCCGCCUGGGUCCAAGGAGGUCACUUACGAGCAGAUCGACUGCCUCAUCAAUGAGGACGUCAUCAUCAAAGGCCGAAAAGAAGGGGGUGAGGUUUAUCUGCCCUUCAGCUGGGUUGAAAGGUACUUUGACGUUUACGGGCGUCUGGUGCAGUAUGACGGGAUGGAACAUUUCGAGUUCUCCCACAGUUACUCACGGGUGUACGCCCAGAGGGAGCCCUACCACCCUGAUGGGGUGUUCAUGUCCUUUGAGGGGUAUAACGUGGAAGUGCGAGAUCGAGUAAAAUGCAUCAGCGGCGUGGAAGGUGUCCCAAUUUCUACCCAGUGGGGUCCUCAUGGGUAUUUCUACCCCAUUCAGAUAGCUCAGUAUGGGCUGAGCCAUUACAGCAAGAACUUAACAGAAAAGCCACCUGACGUGAAGAUUUAUGGGGGAUCGGAAGAGGGAGUGGGUGGCACAGUUCCAUGGGCCGUCCCUAAGGGCUGCUCUCUCUCUAAGAUCCAGGAUCAAAACCAUUCCGGGUUUGUGCACCAUUUCGUCACAGCGGAAAACUCGGACGGCGUGUCUCUGCUCAUGGAUAACUCCAAAGAUUUCGUCUUGACCUUUGACGUCAAGUUCAUCUCCAAUGGUAGCGUCUCUGUUCUUCUGGAGACGACAGAAAAGGGAGCUCCUUACGUCAUCCAUUACAUCACUAGUCCGCUCCUCCUCUCCUUCAAAGACAGAGAGGUCGCCUACGGCAUCGGGCCCCGAACGUCUUGGAGCACCGUGAGUCGCGAUUUAGUAACGGACCUGCGUAAAGGAGUCGGUUUGUCCAACACCAAAGUAGUAAAGGCGACCAAGAUCUUUCCUCGCCGUGUUGUCCAGCUGGUUCUCAAAGGUUCUGGCUUUAUUAGCAAUAUCACCGUGUCUUCCACCGCACACAUGGCUGCUUUCUUUGCUGCUAGCGAUUGGCUUCUUCAUAACCAAGAUGAGCACGGAGGGUGGCCGAUCAAGGUGACUCGUAAGCUCGGAGAAGGGUUCAAGACCUUGGAGUCUGGAUGGUAUUCUGCCAUGGCCCAGGGUCAGGCUAUGUCAACGCUAGUGAGGACGUACUUGGUAACGCACAACCCAGCUUACCUUAGCGCCGCUCUGCGGGCGACAUCCCCAUUCAAGAAGACCUCAGAGCAACAUGGCGUUAAGGCAGCCUUUAUGAACAAAUACGACUGGUAUGAGGAAUACCCCACAACGCCCAGUUCAUUCGUUCUUAAUGGCUUCAUCUACUCUCUGAUUGGAUUGUAUGAUGUGGCUGAGACUGCAGGCAACAAGCUCGGCCGAGAAGCAGGCUUACUAUUCAGUCAAGGGCUGGAGUCACUCAAGGCCAUGUUGCCGUUAUUCGACACAGGUUCUGGAACAGUUUACGACCUGAGGCACUUCACGCUGGGUCUGGCCCCUAAUUUAGCACGCUGGGACUACCACACCACUCACAUCAACCAAUUACAACUGCUCUCAUCCAUUCACAGUGCCCCGAUUUUCAGGGACUAUGUUAAACGCUGGAAGACUUAUCUUAAAGGAGGCCGGGCCAAGCACAACUAAACCAGCUUAAAAAUGUUGUCACUUUAAUGUUUUAGAGGACAGUUUUAUAAGACAUUGUACAAAAGUUAAAGUAAGCGGUGGCAGAUGUUUUUACUUUAAAUUGCUUUCACAAGUCAUUCUGAACAGUUUCAGUUAUUGUACAAGCUUCAAGAAUGUGAAGUAACUUUAUGUAAAUUUAUGUCCAACGUAAUGUGGUACACUAGAAUGUAUGAAACAUUGCACAGUUGUUAAGAUACCGUACAUGUACACGAACAAAUUAGUUUUGCCCUAAGAAAAUUCGAUUAUUUGUAUUUUAAGAGACAAUGAGAUAAUGCAGUGAUCUUGUAUAUAUGAGUGGCAACACAAAACAGUGUGCAUAAUAAAUGUAACUUGUUUGGGUGUGCAAUAGUUAAAAUAGCCUUAGCAUAUAUAGUUAUUAUUGCAUUAUGUGAAUAUCACUGUCUAAAAAUAUUUUGCAAAAAAAAUCUGAAUAGAGUGAAUUAUAACUUUGUGAAGCACAAUUCUGAGGUUUUAUUAUUUUGACAAAAAAUGUUUACAAUUAAUUUCAUUGUAUUAUUAUUAAGAAUUCACAAUAAUGUUUGAUUUAAAAAAAUUGUUUUUUGUUAGAAACCAUUGCU